AUGAAAAAUUCAUAAAAUGGUCACUAAUUAAAAGAAGAUGAAAUCAAAGAAUUGAAGUAGUAUAUCUUAUAAAUGGAAUAAGAACCAUCAAUUUAUGAGAAUCUGAGCCAGGAUUAAAUUUUUGGAAUAGUUGUCAUUAUUCUUACAAAAUCUUCGUAUCAUAGAACAUAAUACGAAAUUGAGAUUUUGAAGAAAGCCACAAAACAUAUUGUGUAUUUUUAGAAACUGCUAGAGAAGGACCAAGGAGUCUUAUUAUGGGAGAGAUGUUUAAGAAAGAUGAGUUACACGUCUCUGAAAAAGGGGGAAACUCUGUUUAGAGAAGGUGAGCCAAUUUUGGUUAUAUUUAAGGUGAUGUGGGAACUACAUUCUAUAUUAUUCUAUAAGGUCGAGUGUCAAUACAUAAAAGAAUGUUCGUUGGAGAUUGCUAUCAAGAAAAAGAGUUAAUACAAAUGAGUGAUGGUUAAGCCUUUGGGGAGCUUGCAUUAGAAAAUAAUGAACCUAGAUCUGCUACUAUUACUGCUGUUACUCCAACUCAUUUAGCAGUUUUAGAUGCAGAGGAUUAUAUGGUUAUCAAAAAGACUGUGGUAAUGCUUUUUACUUAUCCUAAGAUAAACUAAUAAAGACAGAUGUAUUUUGAAGAAUUUGCACAACUCUCCAUAUUCAAAGAUUGGAAGUUUAUGAGUGUAAAAUCAUUGUUCGAUGUUAUGAAAUUAAAUAAAUUUAGAUUAAAUCAUACUGUAUAUAAAGAGGGUGAUCCAUCUAAUGAAGUUUAUUUCAUUUAAACUGGGGAAUUUAAAGUAUCUUCUUUCAAAAUCUUUAGGUUAUCAAAUGUUUAAGAAUGAAUAAAGAUCAAACUAAUAAUUAUUAAGAUGUUGAUGAUGAUGUAGAAUUUUUAAAACAAUAGUUUGCAUACAAUAAACCUUCCUUAACAAAUCAAGAGAAAAUUGAUAAGUUAUAUCAAAAGAAAAAGUAUGGCAAUCUUAUAGCCAGUGACAAAAAGCUAAUAAUGACCUUAAAAUUCUUGGGGGCAGGGGAAAUGUUUGGAGAACUGGAGAUCUUAAAAGCUCCAGACUUAUGCAGACAGUUUAGUUUAGUCUCCACAUUUGAAAGUAACAAUGUCUAUUCAGUUUCGAAGAGGGAUUUCAUGAGAGUCCUCUAUUGUGAUCCUGCAUUAAAUAAAAGUUUAACUGCUUUGAAUGAUAGAAAAUUAAAAUAGAUCAUAUAACAGAUAAAGGUUUAUGAAAAAAAUUUUAUUGAUCAAUCUGAAAAAAUCAACUUACUUGAGAGAACAUAAAAUAAAACGUUCUUAAAACCUGAAAAUCUCAUUCAAAUUCAAGAAAAUAAACAGAAAUUACUAUUCAAUAGUACAAGUUAAAUUUUGAAGAUUAGCAGUAGAACAAAAUUAGAUGAUAAUAAAUUAAGAGAGCAAACUCUAACAUUAGACAACCCUGCUGAAUCCGAAUAAGCCUAUUUAAAUAAGCUAUUGAAAUCAAGUUAGUCGACUUAACAUUCCAGAUAAAAAACUGAGGAACUAAUCAUAUAAUAGUCUUUAAAAUAUAAGAAUAAAAUAAAGAAAUAAACUAAGAAACAUAAAUCUCCUCCUGGAAUAUUGGGAACUGCUUUAGAAAAUAUUAGUUAUCAUAUUCGAAGAUACCCUACACAAACUUCUACGAAUCAAAGAUUUCAAACAAGUCCCUCCUCCAGAUUGGAUAUGGAUAAUACAUAAAAAUCGAAAUUCUACUUUACAACUUGCUUACCUCUAGUAUUGUAAAAUAACUAUUAUAGACUUAAAACUAAACCAUCAUAAUGA